AUGGAGAAUAAUGAUGAUAGUAGUUGUACAAACACAACAACCGUCGAUUUAAAUAAUCUAACUAAACAAAAGUUGGAAGGAAUGUUGAGACUAGAUGUAGAGGAGAUAUGUAAUCAACUAUGUGUAUUUACAAAUAAUGGAAAAGAGUCAAAGUCAAAGAUGAUCUAUAGAAUAUUAGCUUUGAAAAGAAAGAGAGUCGUAGAUGAACAAGCAACAAUGGUAAAGGAGGAAAAGGAACGGGUCGAGAGAGAAGCAAUUCCUAUUGGUCAGUUGUAUGGUUCGUUGCCUUGGUUGUUAAUUGCUCGUAUCAUUGGAUUAGCGUGUCACGAUACUCAAAGUCUACUAUGUACAUGUGUACAUAUCGCACAUAAACGUCGACCGGGUAUGUUUGAUGAAAGGUAUGCUGUCUGCUUACCGACCAUCUCUCCCGAUACAAUGUGUGAUCUUCACAAAUAUCAAUAUACCAAUCAGUAUCUUCAAAGUUAUAACUUUGAUGCAACCUUUAUACAAGGACAAGAGGUAGAAGUUGAAAAGAAAGAAAAGAAAGAAGAAGAAGAAAAGAAAGUGGAAGAGAUAAGAAAACAACAAUGUAAUGGGAGGUAUAUUGAAUAUUGGAAGAAAUCAUCAUUGGCAUUGGUAUCAAGACGUGUAUUUCAAUUGGUUUCAACUACAUUGUUUGAUGAUGUUGUGAUGGAACCUACUAUAGAUUGGUGGAGUCGUGUGGUUGACAAUGAGUAUUGUUUGGUCAAGAGACUGCGUCGGUUGGUCGUCAUGCCACACCCAGAGUCAAAGAACAAGACCAAAAUGUUUCAUCGCGACACUGAUACGAGUCGACUAGUAUUGGGUGGCGUCGAAAAGAUGUAUAUUAAAGCGCCAUUCCUCGUUGAAAAGGUCGAUACGACAAGAUUGCUCGCCAACAUACUGUCGGGUUGCCAAAGUUUCACCAAUCUCACCGCCAUCAACCUACUCCACGCCAGUAUUAAUUUAAAGUAUCUACACGAUCUUGGUGACAUGCUUAAAGACCGAUCUGUACCAUUCACAAAGAUUAUUCUACCGUGUUACUAUGAUUGGACUGUAUUACCACAAAACAUUAAAAACAAUCUAGAGGUUAUAUCACUUCAUCCUCAAUACGAAGUAAUCACUUUCAAACCAUUCAAACAAGCCGAAUCACAGUUCCCAAGACUGAGACAUGUCUACGUCACCAACUAUAAACGUAUUUAUGGUCACAACUCGUUGAAAUGGAAUGGAUUCCAAAUGCCAGAGACUGUGAGAAAGGUUACAUUGAAUGAAGUUCCAGAUUCAGUGUCACCCUUUGUUCUCAAUCCACAUGUUGAAACGUUACGAUUCAGGAUUGUACCAAUACCCAAACAUGAGAAGAUGAAGAAAUAUAAUAAAAAGUCAAGUGUCAAGUUCAAUCUUGCAGGUAAAGAAGAGGUAUCGAGAAGAUGGAACAAGCUCGCUACUCCAUUGACCAAUUAUACAAAUAUGGGUAUCAGCAUGAAUAACAAGUUGGGCAAAGACAGAAAGAUCAUAUCGAAUCGUCCAUUUGUAGAGAAAAAGACUCCUCCUAAAUUGAUUGAUAUACCUGUACCAGAACCAAGAAUUCGUUCAGAGAAGGGAUUAAAUUUCAGAGAUCAACAUUACUAUAGAGAUUUAAUUUUGAAAUAUGGUGUCGAUUAUGAGAAAAUGAAAAUGGAUAUCAAAUUAAAUUAUUUACAAAGAACUGCCAAAGAGGUAGAGAAUGGAUGUAACAAAUUUAUUGGUUGUUAUGGCGACCCAAUUGCUGAGAUUAUGGCCAAUAGAGAACAAGAAAAGAAGAGACUAGAAGAUGAACAAAAGGAAUUGGAGGAAUUCCAAAGAAAGGAAAAUGAAGCUGCUCAAAAAGCUGCUCAAAGACAACAACAACAACAACAAUCAACUACUACUGCGACUACUACAACUACUACUCCAUCCACUUUGACUACUACUACUAACAACAAAAAGACUCCAACUACUACUACUGCCAAAAAAGUAGUAAAGAAAACAACAACAGAACCAAAGAAAACUUUAAAAAAGAAAUAA